UGAUGUCCCGGAUGUACUUUCGCAAUAGAGCGCCGUGUUAUGGUUAAAUCGAUUGCUAAGCCGUGCCAUUCAAAACGACUACUAUUGUAAUCGGUGUGAUAGAGUGAUUAGUGCAUUGAUUAAACCGAUAUUACAAACGCCUACAUUAUCCGUCAUACGAUGUCAGUUGUACCUCCUAAUCGGUCAUCUACCGGUUGGCCCCGCGGUGUAAAUCAGUUCGGAAACAAAUACAUUAGCCAGCCGGCUAAACCGCUCACCCUGGAGAGAACCAUCAACUUAUAUCCUUUAACGAACUACACGUUCGGCACUAAGGAGCCGCUGUAUGAGAAGGACAGCUCGGUAUCCGCACGCUUUCAGCGGAUGCGGGAGGAGUUUGAGAAGAUCGGGAUGCGGCGGACUGUGGAAGGAGUUCUGAUCGUGCACGAGCACAGACUCCCUCACGUGCUGCUUCUGCAACUUGGAACUACCUUCUUCAAACUUCCUGGUGGUGAGUUGAACCCUGGAGAAGAUGAGGUGGAAGGGUUAAAGCGGCUUAUGACAGAGAUUUUGGGUCGACAAGAUGGAGUAAAACAGGACUGGGUCAUUGAUGACUGUAUUGGUAACUGGUGGAGACCAAACUUCGAACCACCGCAGUAUCCCUACAUUCCAGCACACAUUACUAAGCCUAAGGAACAUAAGAAGCUUUUUUUAGUACAGCUGCAGGAGAAAGCCUUGUUUGCUGUGCCAAAGAACUACAAGCUGGUGGCCGCUCCAUUGUUUGAGCUUUAUGACAAUGCUCCUGGUUAUGGUCCUAUUAUAUCCAGUCUUCCACAAUUACUGAGCAGAUUUAACUUCAUCUACAAUUGAGAGGCAUGAGGUUAUGUCAUCAUGACCAUGGGCUGUCUCUGUGAGCGCAGCCUGAUGAGAAUCAGAUGGGUGAUGGAUGAAGUGAUGUGGAGGUCCAGUCUCCCACUUCCCUGUCCUGUUUUCAGUCAUUGCUCUAAAUCACAUUGAAAUGUGUGCAUAAUUUUUUUUCAUCUGGGUAGAUAUAUGGCAAGUCUGUGCUUUAUUAGACGUUUUCAUUUAGUAACUACGUGUUUUAUGUUUGAUUAGUUAGUGGAUUAGAUUAGUUGGUCUUUAGAAAAAAUGUUGCAGUGACUUUGUUUUUUAAUCCGUGUAUAUUUGACCAUGUUUUUUUAUAAUAAAUAGUUAUCUGUGA